AACGCGGUUGACGGGCGGCCCCGGGUCGCGACGGACGUCGUCGUGCAGUUCACACCGCAGCGCUCGCCCGUCCGACGGAAAAUGGUUCGCACCGCCGACUUAACGCACGUCGGAUUACGGCUGCUGCUGCUGCUGCAGUUGUCCCCGACCACCGUGGUCCGAGUACUGUGCGGCCGUCCCGUGUGGCUGACCGAGGGCGACACGCUGUACCUGAGAUGGCAGACCAACCUGGGCCCGCUGGACCGUUGCGCCGUGGUGCUGCCCAACGGCACGGAGACGACCCUGUCCGACUUCGCGCCUCCGCCGUCCGACGGCCGUGCGUGUUACGCGGGCGAAGGUUACCCGUCCGGGCAGUGCGGUCUCAGGGCCGAUAACGUGACGCCAGGCACGGCCGAUUGGACACUAGCGGCGUACGCCGCGGACGGGCGACGCGAUCGGUACACGAGCCGAGUCACUUGCAUCGCCAGACAACGGCCCGGGUCGAGCACGAUCCGCGUGCCGCUGGGCGCCGCGGUGAACGUGACGUGCGGCCCGCCGACGGCGUUCUACUGCCGCAUGUCCGGGCCGUCGGGCGAGACGUCCGCGCACGCGGGCCAGUGCCGCGUGCACAUCAAGUCGGUCGGAUCGCAUCACCUGGACACGUGGACGUGCUGGUCGGCGACCACGGAGUCCGCGGCCGAGGUGCAGUACACGGUGCGGCUGCACGCGUACCGAGAGGGCGCUGUGACGGAAAUCGGCAGCGACGAGACUCCGUCCGAGGUGCGAGUGUUCUGCAACGUGCGCGACGGAGCCAACGCGGCCACCGCGGUGGUGGACGGCGACGACCGGUCUCCACGAUCCGUGUACUGCAAGCUGACGUUGCCGCGGGACGCGCAGACGCUGUCGCUGGCGUACGGCAGGGGCACCGCGAGGUACGCGUACCACGGCACGUCGUCCAACGACUGCGGAGUGUCGUUUCCGAAGCCGGUGAGACGGUCCGAGGUUGGCCGGUGGAAGUGCGCGAACGCCAUGUCGGACGGCCGCGUGUACGGCGGCUUCGUCACCGUCGCGCCGCCGUCCAACGACACGAAAGGUGUACCGCCGCUGGCCGUGACUGUGGCCAAGCCGUCCAUGGUAUCCAAGGGCAACUCGUUCCGGGUAGAAUGCAGCGUGCACGCCGAGAUCGACUAUUGCUGGCUGCGGCACCCGAACGGUACCGCCGUGCCGGUGACCGUGCCGGACGGUGCGGCCGACCGGUCCAAGGGCUCCAGGUACCGGUACACGGGCGACGGGCUGUCGUUCGGCCAGUGUCACGUGACGGUCGACGAGGCGGUCGUGUCCGACACGGGCCCGUGGCUGUGCGCGCUGGGCCUGCGCAACGACCGACGUGAGAUGUACAGCACGGUGAACAUUACGGUCUCCGGGUCGGUGAUAGCGGCGCGCCAGGACGAGCUGUACGCGACCGAGGGCAGUCGGGUCACGUUGGGAUGCUUCACGGUGGACAGCCAGCCGGUGGCGUACUGCCGGUUCCUCACGCCCGGCCAACUGGGCUUCGCAGUGGACGAGCGGCCGUCCGCACCCCCGCCGUCACGGUACACGUACUCCGGGCGCGGGCUCGCGGCCGGCCACUGCGGUCUGUCCAUCGACCGCGUGCACGACUCCGACUACGGAAACUGGACGUGCGCCGUCAAAAUGCUCGACUCGUCCGAACCCGAGGAGGUCAGCACGACCGUCGAGUUGAGGAGACCCGAAGGUUUUACCAUGAUCCAGAUCAUCGGGAUCGUGUUUUGUGGCACGUUGAUAUCCAUCAUGUCGUUGUUCUUUGCCAAUCAUCUCAUUUCCAAACCAUCGACAAAAACGAGGAAAAAAAUUGAAAAGUUAGAGCUGCUCGAGGCAGCCGAAAUAGGCGGCAGUCGCAGAAUCGGUGCCAGGCGCGCGUACAAUGGUACUCGGGUUAUCAGAAGUCAACCUAGCAGGAGCCAACAUGGUACUAUUCCUCGGAGAGUUGAUCGUGUUAUAUUGGACACAUUUUGAAUACCGUAAUAUCAUAAAACUACGAUCAUUCGAUUAUUAAUACCAACCCCACGACCAAACAAACGCGUUUCGCCAUCAGAAUGUCACAUAUAGUUUAUAUUGAAAAUAUAAUUUUCUUUUGAUAAUAGA